AUGUCGCUGCAAGUCCCCUACCGUGGAAAGGCACCCAGAGAGGGUGCCACCAAGGCCGUCAUUCUGGUCGGAGGCCCCUCCAGAGGAACUCGAUUCCGUCCUCUUUCUCUCGACGUCCCCAAGCCCCUCUUCGAAGUCGCUGGACACCCCAUCAUCUGGCACAACCUGGCUGCCAUCGAGCGAGUCCCUGGCAAGGAGAUCACCGAGGUCCUCAUUAUCGGCUACUACGACGAGUCCGUCUUCCGCGACUUUAUCAAGGACGCCUCCCACGAAUUUCCCAACCUCUCCAUCAAGUACCUCCGCGAGUAUGAGGCCCUCGGCACUGCAGGUGGUCUCUACCACUUCCGCGAUGCGAUUCUCAAGGGCCACCCUGAGCGCCUCUUCGUCCUGAACGCCGACGUCUGCUGCUCCUUCCCUCUCCCCGAGAUGCUCCAGCUCUUCCACGACAAGAACGCCGAGGCCGUCAUUCUGGGUACGCGCGUCUCUAAUGAAGCCGCCACCAACUUCGGUUGCAUUGUCAGCGACGCCCACACCCGCCGUGUCCUUCACUACGUCGAGAAGCCCGAGUCGCAAAUCAGCAACCUGAUCAACUGCGGUGUAUACCUCUUCUCUACCGAUGCCAUCUUCCCCUCCAUCAAGACCGCCAUCAAGCGCCGCACCGAUCGUCCCUCGCGCCUCGUCUCUUACCCGAGCUCCGAGAACCUCGAGAACAGCUUCAUUAUCACCGACGAUGAUGAGGAGCGCAAGAACGAGGUCAUUCGCCUCGAGCAGGAUAUCCUCGGUGACCUCGCCGACACCAAGCACUUCUUCGUGUAUGAGACCAAGGACUUCUGGCGCCAGAUCAAGACGGCUGGCUCAGCUGUCCCUGCCAACGCCCUGUACCUGCAGAAGGCCUGGCAGAACGGCUCCAAGGAGCUCGCCCAGCCCAGCGCCAACAUCAUCCCUCCGGUCUUCAUCCAUCCUACUGCCACCGUCGACCCCACCGCCAAGCUGGGCCCCAACGUCUCCAUUGGACCCCGCGUCCACGUUGGCCCGGGUGCCCGCAUCAAGGAGUCCGUCGUCCUCGAGGACUCCGAGAUCAAGCACGACUCGUGCGUUCUGUACUCUAUCAUCGGCUGGGGCAGCCGCGUCGGUGCUUGGGCCCGUGUUGAGGGUACCCCUACCCCUGUCGGUAGCCACACGACGAGCAUCAUCAAGAACGGUGUCAAGGUCCAGAGCAUUACCAUCCUGGGUAAGGACUGCGGUGUCGGCGAUGAGGUCCGCGUACAGAACUGCGUGUGCCUGCCCUUCAAGGAGCUGAAGAGAGACGUUUCAAACGAGGUCAUUAUGUAA